GGUCCCGCCUCUGUACUUCCGGUUACAGUUUCUGUCUGCAAACAGACAAAACAAACCGCGAAAAUUUGAAAAUAAAGAACGAACGGAACGUGCGAGUUCAAGCGUUUUAACAAAACAUUUCAUCACGCUCUCUUGUUAAACAUGGUAUCAAUCACGGAUGUCAGCAGCACUGCUGUGUUUGCCAAGGAACGGACAGAAGCGCAAAACAGAGCGCUGAAAGCAAUCGCUGAGCUCAAAGACAUUUACGCCGAGUUGAGCCACUCUCAUCGGCAGUUUCUCAAAUUGUCUCGAGAUGAAUGUAUGAAGAAAUUCGCGGAUGAUGAGAUCCUGUUUGAAACCAUCGAGGCGCUGAAAAAAGAUCAGCAGCAUAAGAAGGAGUCAUCGCAGGAGAAACAGCGCAUUAUUGCAGAAAUUACAUCUGAGAUUGAGCAGAAGGAAAUGGAGAAAAAAAGUCUGAUCAGGGAGUUUGAGAAACUUCAAGAAGAAAAGAACAAGACAAAGGAGCGACUUGAGUCCCAGUAUAAGGCAAACAAGGACAGACUGAAGAACCUCCAAAAAGCCAGAUUAAUUUUUGAGGAUAAUUUGGGGAUGGAAAUACGAAAAAUUGAAGAUGACAAGUUGCAGUUUGUGUUCCGAAGUAUCGACCCAGACGAUCGGAACAGUCCAUACAUCAUCACGAUGGAACUCACAAAAGACGGAUCAUAUCAAACUGUGUCGAGCAAGCCCACACUCGAGUGUUUGCCAGACUUGGAGAGAAAGCUGCAGGAGACCAAGAAAAUAGCCGUUUUCCUGAAAAAUGUCCGGAAACAGUUCAUCUCUCAAGCAUGCCAAGAGGGGAUGAAAAAACAAGGAUUAUAGAGCUUUGCAGCAAAUUCAUGGACAGUAAGUUAUCAAAUAGCACUUGGAAGCAAAACAAUACGUACCAAAUCAGGAUUUAUGGAUGUACAAUUCUCCUGGGGGUGGUAAAUAAUCACAGAAAUCAGAUUAUAACGACCACAUUUUUAAUUCAAUAGCACGAGGAAAUGACAAAAACCUGUGACGUGUUUCAUUUUUGUAGCUUGACGUAAACAUGACAGAACUCACUUGCUCCUCCAAAACAUUGAUUCAAUAUGCACACAAGAUUGUUUAGCUUCGUAAUACAAGCCAAUACACGUGGAGUUCUUCUAUUUAAAAAUAAAAACAAUUGGGGGGUGGGUGUGGAGUAAAAAUAUUUUGUUGAUUCCAUUUCAAAUGUGCAGAUGCAGUCAGGCUUCAGAUGAUUUGAUGUUACUUAGCACAGGCAGCUCCUCGACGUAGGUGGAUGGAAAAUGACCCGUCUGGCCAUUGAGUGCGCCAAACCACCAGCCAUUCUCUUCCUUGGUGUAAAUGUCUAGCAGAUCUCCUGUGAACACACGUUAGUUUUAUACAUCUCCAUUCUGCUUUUUGCUGAUUUUGGACAGUAUUCCCUUCCCCACCCGUACCUUCUUUCAGAGUUAAUUCAUCACUGCGUUGAGGUGUAAAGCUGUAUAAGGCCUUGCAUUGUCCCACGGUGCAAACGUCGGGUGUUCUAUGAACUGUACGUUUAAUUUUAAUGUUAAGCAUAAUGCAAAAAAACAAAAAAAAAAA